AUGAAAUCAUAUCCAUAUUUUAAAAAGUCCAGUUUUGAUGCAUACAUUAAAUCAGACAACUCGAUGUCUAAGUUCUCCUCAGGGACACUUGGCGACAAUUUUAAUGAGAAGCAAAACGAACACUUUUAUAAAAACAACAUUCCACGCAAGAAGGGAGACGUAUUCCGAUUGACUAAACAGGAGUAUACAUCUGAAUCACUGGAGGAUGGAGAUAGCAGCGCUAGCUCCCAACACGAUCAGCAGCCACAACAAGAUUUGAUCGACUGUUUAAAUAACCAUAUAUUUGCUGAGACUGAAUCUGAAGGUGGGGGGUCUUGCUAUUUCCCUAUAAGUUUGAAAAUCUAUGUGAGCAGUGCAAGGGCUCAAAACAAAGUUGAGCACAUGGUGUCACAGUUUUCAAAAUUGUCAAUAAAUGAGGAAGAGUUUGACCAACUGCAACCACAAUUGAACUCAUCAUCAGAACGAGUCCUGUUCAAGACGUUGUCAAUCGGAUUCAAGUCAAAGACACACUUGGAAGAUUUAAUCUAUCGCCUCCAUGAUGAAGGUGUAAAGUUUGAAUUGGAUUAUUCGAAAUUUGUCUCGCAUCCAGGUGUACUUUUCAUCAAGAAUUUAUCAAGCGACUUGGUGUGCGACGAUAACAAGUUUACGCUGGAAACAUCAUCAGAACUAGCAUCAAGUGAAAGAUUAAAAAAGCACCGCAAGUUGUGUCAGUAUUUGAAUGACAAUUGUCAUUUCAAAUCAUUGCAAGACAUCAGAUUAUUCAACAACGAGUCAACAAGCAAUAAUGGCAGUAACGGUAGCAACGGAUUACCACUCCACUCCAGCUCAAAUUCAUCUGUAUUUGCUAUUGUUAAGUUUGCAAACUACUUGGAUGUUGAUAUGUUGAUUGAUAGACUCAGCAAGCAAACACCAAAUGCAUUCCAUGACAAUCCCGAUAUUCCAUUAUUUUUGAACAAAUAUAUCAACAAGCGAGAACGUUCAUCCUUGCCUCCUGGAGCUGGUAUUUCCAACAAUUUUGCCUCACGUCGCAGUAGCAGUGCAUCACUGGGUACUACUUCUGUGUCAACGUCAUCAUCGUCGACAUCAUUAACAAGAUUCCACCCCAGUUUAAAUAUAUCAAGGAACACCAAUGACAAUUUCAGUUUAAUCAUUUUGGAGAACUUGAUCAACUUUUUACCGCAUGAUUUGACAAAGGACAAGUUUGAACGGUUCUUGCACAAGAUUAAGAUGUUUGGCAACAACAUUGAAUCAAUUUAUUUUCCUAUUGUUGACAAAGGCGAUGCUUCACCCAAUUUACAUCUUUUUGACUUUGGAUAUAUCAGAUUCAAAUCUACUAGCAACUUUAUGGAGAAUACCUUUCGUGUCUUGUAUUAUUUGAAUGAAUUGCUAUGGGAUGAGGUUAUGGCUUUGGAUAUGAAAAAUUUACCUUCCUUGAUGGAAGAGGAUUAUGAUGAUGAUAGUUCUAGUCUUGACAGAGAUUCAAGUGGUGAUAAUGUGAAUGAAAGAAAAUCUACCGGUAACGCAAACGGAAAUGCAAACGGAAACGAGUCAAAACCGGUGGUGAUGAAUCGUAAGUUGUCUGUGACAGUGGCUCAGCAUAAGCAUAAUCAUUACUUGUUUUCACAAACUAACCAGUACUACCUAUCAUUUAAUCCAAGUCUAUUGAGUUCCAAGCAACUGCCAGUGGUAAUAAGCUAUCCCAAUCCCAUAUACACUAUCAAUGCAUUCAUUAGGAAUGUCAACUAUCAAGAGACAAAUUUGUAUGUAAACAAUUUCUCACUGGUUUUCAACAAUGACGAUGUCACAUGGGAAUCGUUUUGGAAGCAAUUUGGAUCAAUCAAGUCGGCAAAAAUCAUAAAGCCCCACUUCUACCAGGAUGAGGAUUCGAUUGAUGGCGAAGAGCAAAAGGCAGGUCGGAUUGGGUUUAUAUUCUACGAGACAUUUAAAAUGGCAAUUAGAGCCAUUUUAAUGACCAAUAACAAGCUUGUCCAUGUGGACAAUUUCAACCCCAUGGUUAUUCAGUCGUCUUUUGCUAUCCAAAAGCCAAACUCCAGCCAAAAAUCUUUCCCUUUACCACCUGCACCACCGGUGGCUAAUUCUAGCUUAGGUUUGUCUCCUGAUUUUUCAUUGCCGUCACCAAAGACUCCAGCAUUUGUACAUGCCAGCUCGGGAGGGGGCAUGCAAUACUAUACAUACCAACCAUUCAUGCCUUAUUAUUAUGGAUAUCAUCCAAAUCCCUACAUUCUUGGAGCUCAAGGUAUGUUUAAUGCCGGUGCUGCACCAAAUAUUGAACGACCAGGGAAGCAAGUUGCAAAUGCGACACAUACUGGAAAUGGACCUUUUGUUGGACAAGGGUCAGUGAUGACUCAACCGCUCCCAAGCUACAAGAAGAGCUAA